GCAGAAUACAGAAUAAUUGCAAAGUUCACCGAACACCUACGUCCUACAAGGCAGUGUAUGAAGAUGCUGAAGGACCGAUUCCCCAAAAAAGAAUGAAAAGAAGUCUUGCGAAACAUCCCGCAGACGUCAUUCAAGACUACUACCAGAGGUACCGUAGUGAAGCCAGCAAACAUCCUUCAGACCCUGUCCUGCUGGAGCUAGCCAAUGAGGUGGACCUGUCCCCGUCUCCUGCUGGCUCGUCUGCUACUGGAACGCUUCCUGGAGGAGCACCAGGGCUCAGCAUCAUCCAAGCAAAUCCUGAACAGCAUGUUGCGGGAUCCAUCUUUAAUUCCAGAUGUGCAGCUAGCCAGACAUGUGGAACAGUGCACCAUAAAUGACUGCUGUUAUGGACCGCUGGUCGACUGCAUCAAACACGCUAUUGGUCAGGAGCAUGAGGAGAUCCUGCGAGAGAAACUCCGAGAAAGGAACCUCUCCUUUGUAGAUGAGAAUCAGCUACGGGCCAAGGGUUAUGACAAGACCCCUGACAUUAUUCUCGAAGUCCCCAUUGCUGUUGAAGGCCACAUUGUCCACUGGAUUGAGAGCAAGGCCUCAUUUGGGGAUGAGCAGAGUCAUCGCACUUAUCUAAACGAGCAGUUCUGGAGUUAUUGGAACAGGUUUGGCCCAGGUCUGGUCAUCUACUGGUACGGCUUUAUCGCAGAACUGGACUGCCAGCGGGACCGAGGGAUCCUUCUCAAAGACUGUUUCCCCUCCGACAUCGUGACUCUGUGCCAUAGCCCAGACCAGUGCUGACGCUAUAGCUGAGGGAGUGGGGGGGUCACAGGGCAUUUGCUGGUGGAGACGUGAAUCCGGAAGCAAUUUAGUUUUCCUGCUGCACGCAACUACUGGCAAACAUCUGCCCUGAACUCCAGCUGAACUCCCAGGGAUCAAGGUUGGGAUCAUACCUCUGUGCAAAAUCACUCCAGGGAGCCUGGAGUCCCGGACUGGACCUGGACCUCCUGGUCCUUCAGGAAGGAGGAGACCUCUUAUCACAGCCCUUACCCUCGUCAUUCUGCCCCUACGCAAACUUCUGUGGCCAGCACGGAGGUCAUCUCCAUUAUCGGCUUUUUAUGUUCUUCACUUUCUCUGUCUCUGAUAAGGGUGUGGUCCCUUUCGGAGCUCUGUUUGCUGACCUUUUCUUCUUUUUUUUUUUUUUUUAAAUUUAGGACGUUUCGCAGAUUUUCCAAGCGAGUUGGAUAUAAAUAAUGAUAUUCGAGCUUUUUGUUUUUUCCUUUACCUUUCACAAGACUGUCAAACUUGCUUUAAAAAUAAAUGGCCAAUAAAGUCAAAUAACCUGGAAUUUGUGCCGAGGGAAAACAUGUUUUGUCAUAGUGGAUAGAAAUAGAAAAUCUGGUCAGGUUUAUCAAGUAAGCGGAGUGAUCAAAUUUGUAAAGGGAAAAAGUUACUGUACAUAGUUAAAGUUUAAAAAAAAAAAAAAAAAAGCCAGUUUACAAUCUCCCUCGACUGUAGGGAACUCGGGUUAGCGUUCGCCGAGACGCCUUCUGCAUGCUGUCUGGAUGAAAGACGAGAGUGGGCCCUUGGAGCUGCAGUACCAUGGUGAGAUAUGAGGGAGAUCAAGAGCUUCCCCUCUCUCUCCCUGUACUCGGUGUUAAUCAGGCCCAGACCUGCUCUGACCUGCUCCUCUCAGGGAGGAGUGCAGCGGAGCUUUACCCAUCCCUGACCUCUCUCUCUCUCUCUCUCCCCCCCCUUAUCUUCUCCCCUCACGCUCCCUCCCAUCUGCCCUUCAGAGCUUACAGCACUCCUCCGGCCCGUGUGGACCUCGCCGCUCUACUUUUCAAUGGCAAUAAAGUGUUACAUGAUUUGUUACCCUUAAACCUCUAACCCUAAAGCCGCCCCUGCUCCGUUUAGGCCUCAAGCACCGGGGGUCAGAGAAGGGUCACGGGGCGGCCAUGAUUUCCUCUGUCGGGCCCAUUCCUCCAAACGGUACAAAACAACAGCACCCCAGCGUCCAGUUAACGAAGGCUUAUUGCACAGCUAUGGAAUGCUUAGACAUCACUUUACAGCUCCUUUUGGGCGCAAAAAAAACAACUUUUUUAAAAAAAGGGAGCAAAAUGCAAUGUGGAAUAAAGAAGAGGAAAAAAAUAGUAAACAGCAGAUUCAGUUCCUCUCGGCUUUCAAGCCUUCCUGCCAUUGUUUUUCAAGAUGGCUGUUGCACAAAAGAGGAGCUCGGGUCAACCUCUAUAAAUUAGUUUCUGCGUACAAUGCAAACCAAAUAGUGCUUUUUUACUGUCACUACAAAGGAAGGUCAGAGAUGAGACAAGGGUGGUGAGAUUUCCAUGAUGCAAUUGCAGGUUUCCAAUAAAUGAUAAAGUAGACUGCGUCUUUAUUUUUGUGUUUUUCCUCGGUAGCCUCCUCUCUCCAGUUUUAGAUUCAUUGUUCUUGUCACAACAAUCUCCCUGUUAAAGUGCUCUCCAAAUAAGGGCUGCCUCGUGCUGGUGUUUGUGUCCAGCUGUUCUUUCACAGGGUUAAAUGCAAGUACUGUACCUUGCAUGCAUGCGCAUCAUAGUCAACAAAAUCGGUCAUUGUGAUCAAGGAAAAAAAGGGUUUCGUAACCGUAUAAGUAUUCAUUUCCACGGAUUCUGACAAUACUUUGCAAGAGACGCGCUGCAUAUUCUGCGAACAGAGGCUGACUGCUGAUCAGUAUCUUCAACAACAACUCAUCAAAUGCAAGUCCACUCCUCCGUUUGUGCUCUUACAGCCAGACAUCCCACAAAUGCAUGCGGCUAUAAGCUUUACUCAGACAAUCUGCCAAAGAAUGGCCAUCCGCAGAGGAUUGCGCUUGCUUAUUAAUGUGGGAGAGAGGUUCACGUAAUGGGCUACAGCAGCGCUCAGCAUGCUCUCUCCAUUACUGACUCUGGCCAAGCACAGAGACCGCUCAGCCCUGCAGACUGGCCAAGACUCGAUGGAAAGCAUGUCCUAGAAGCUUAAAGAGACGACACCGUGUUUAUUUCUUUUUGAAUUUAUUUGUUUAAAAGCCGAAAGUGUCCUACGAUGCGGCAUGCUUAACACGCUAUCAAGAGAAUUAGAAGAACUUCUGGCAAAACUUGUAAAGGAUCGUCUUUCUUUACACACUAUAAAGCGUCCAUCAAGCAUCCUGUGAUCCUCAGUUGUAUAGUUGUGCUCAGGAGGAUCUGUUAAUUCUACAACUGUGUCAUUUGAUAAAAGCAGUUGCAGUUUUCAUGUAAAAAUAGAGCCUGUGCAAAGAGAGAGAGAGCGCAAAGUACAGCUUUAAAAAAAAAAAAAACUGAGAGAAUAAAAGCUUGAAGACAUCUUUCAGGAGAGAAUAGAUCCAGAUUGUUAUUACAAUCAGAUGGGAUGUAUGUGCAGGCACGAAAUGGCAUUUCAGCUGUUGUUUAACUUUGGCUGAGGUUGUAAGCACUCUGCACAGCUGUGUGCACUCCACCAUUAACAUAUCUAUCUUUCACUGCCAUAGCAGGUGUGCGAUCAUGAACUGCUAUAGAUUUAGUGUGGAUCCACUGGGCUACUCGCAGACCAGCGAAAGAGAUCUGACCUAACGUUCUUUAGUAACAAUUAGCUAUCAUUCUGUGAUCUGUUUCCAAGGUUUGAGAGAAUUGUGAGAGAGAGAAUAUCGUUAUUAUUUGAUCGUAAUGAUAUUCUCACGUAGUUCUCUCAAGCUCUGGAAUCACUUCACAGAAAGAUGCAUUGCGAAGUUCAUACUAGGUUCUGUUCGUCCUUCGGUGUCUAGAUUACGUCCUUUAGGUCGGAGUUACGUGUGUUAUGUGAAUGUUUUGUGAGGUCACCUUGCUAGCUUGUGUUAUCUUUCUCUGAGCUGAAAAAUAAUUGUUUUUAACCUUUAAUAUUUUGUUGUUUGUUAUUUGGAAUACAUGCAUAUUUAA